AUGCCUGCUCCAACGGACUCUAACCACCUUCUCAUCAGAGAAAAGAUGGAAGCUUUGAUCCGUCGUAAACAAGCUGAGAUCACCCAGGGUCUAGAAUCCGUCGACACGGUCAAGUUCCACGCUGACACAUGGGAACGUGGUAACGACGGUGGUGGUGGUACCUCCAUGGUCAUCUCUAACGGUUCCACUUUCGAAAAGGGUGGUGUCAACGUCUCCGUUGUCUACGGUAACUUGACCCCAACCGCCAUUUUGGCCAUGAAGAACGACCACGCCGACUUGAAGUUGCCAGUUGACCCAGAGACCGGUCUCCCAGUGACUGAAGGUGUUAAGUUCUUUGCCUGUGGUCUAUCUAUGGUUAUCCACCCAAAGAACCCACACUGUCCAACCACGCAUUUGAACUACAGAUACUUCGAGACUUGGAACCCAGACGGAACUCCACAAAGUUGGUGGUUUGGUGGUGGUGCCGAUUUGACCCCAUUCUAUUUGUACGAGGAGGACGCUGUUUUGUUCCACACUAACCACAAGAACGCGCUAGACAAACACGACACCUCCUUGUACCCACGUUUCAAGGCCUGGGCUGACAAGUACUACUUGAUCGUCCACCGUGGUGAAACCCGUGGUAUCGGUGGCACUUUCUUCGAUGACUACAACGAAAAGGACCCAGAGGAAAUCUUGAAGAUUGUCGAGGACAGUUUCGAUGCCUUUUUGCCAUCGUACUUGCCAAUAAUCAAGAAGAGAAAGGACCUGCCAUACACACCAGAGGAGGAGAAAUGGCAACUGAUUAGACGUGGUAGAUACGUUGAAUACAACUUGAUCUACGACAGAGGUACUCAAUUCGGUUUGAGAACCCCAGGUUCCAGAGUGGAAUCUAUUUUGAUGACUUUGCCAGAACACGUCUCUUGGGUAUACAACCACCAUCCAGCCCCUGGUUCCAGAGAGGCCAAGUUGUUGGAGGUUACGACAAAGCCAAGAGAGUGGGCCCAGUGA